UGCGGGGCCGUCUCGGAGACCCCGCGCCGACGGCUGCUCAAACAUCAGGCUGGCCCCCGAAAGGACACACACCAAGUCCCCAGCUGGGGGCCCCGCGUAGACCUGGAGUGGACACCCCCUCCUUCCCUUCAUGAUUCGUUUGUAGCGCAGUGGCGAUGGAUGAUGAGGAUGGGAGAUGCUUACUAGACGUGAUUUGUGACCCUCAGGCCCUCAAUGACUUCUUACAUGGAUCCGAGAAGCUUGACGGUGAUGACCUCCUGGAUAAUCCCGGGGAGGCCCAAAGUGCCUUCUAUGAAGGUCCUGGGCUCCACGUGCAAGAAGCUCCUGGCAACCACUUGAACCCGGAGUCUAGCCAACCGGCCCCCAGUGUGGACCUAGACUUCCUAGAAGAUGACAUCCUGGGCUCGCCGGCGGCAGGGGGCGGCACUGGUGCUGGGGGCGGCGCUGACCAGCCCUGUGACAUCCUCCAGCAGAGCCUACAAGAAGCCAACAUCACUGAGCAGACGCUGGAGGCUGAGGCCGAGCUGGACCUGGGUCCCUUCCAGCUGCCCACCCUGCAGCCUGCGGACACUGGAUCAGGCCCAGCAGGGGCCGGGGGAGCUGCCACUGUGGCCGCCGGGCCCCAGGCCCUCUUCCCCGGCAGCACCGAUUUGCUGGGGCUGCAGGCCCCACCUACCGUGCUCACCCACCAAGCUCUGGUGCCACCCCAGGACGUGGUCAACAAAGCACUGAGUGUCCAGCCCUUCCUACAGCCUGUGGGCCUGGGCAAUGUGACCCUGCAGCCCAUCCCGGGCCUCCAGGGCCUUCCCAACGGGAGUCCUGGGGGUGCCGCAGCUGCCACGCUUGGCCUGGCACCCAUCCAGGUGGUGGGCCAGCCCGUGAUGGCACUCAACCCACCCACCUCCCAGCUCCUGGCCAAGCAGGUGCCAGUCAGUGGCUAUCUGGCCUCGGCGGCCGGCCCCUCAGAGCCAGUCACACUGGCAUCGGCUGGUGUCUCACCCCAGGGAGCCGGCCUGGUCAUCCAGAAGAACCUCCCAGCCGCUGUGGCCACCACACUCAACGGGAACUCAGUAUUUGGAGGAGCAGGAGCGGCCACGGCAGCUGCGGCCAGUGGGGCGCCCUCAGGACAGCCCCUGGCGGUGGCCCCAGGCCUUGGCACAUCACCCCUGGUUCCAGCACCUAACGUGAUCCUGCACCGCACCCCCACGCCCAUCCAGCCCAAGCCUGCCGGAGUGCUGCCCCCCAAGCUCUACCAGCUGACACCCAAGCCCUUCGCCCCCGCGGGCGCCACGCUUACCAUCCAGGGUGAGGCAGGGGCCCUCCCACAGCAGCCCAAGGCCCCCCAGAACCUGACUUUCAUGGCGGCGGGCAAGGCUGGCCAGAACGUGGUGCUCUCAGGCUUCCCGGCGCCCGCCCUGCAGGCCAACGUCUUUAAACAGCCCCCAGCCACCACCACGGGGGCAGCCCCUGCACAGCCCCCUGGGGCUCUGAGCAAGCCCAUGAGUGUCCACCUCUUGAAUCAAGGCAGCAGCAUCGUCAUCCCCGCCCAGCACAUGCUGCCGGGCCAGAACCAGUUCCUGCUGCCUGGCACAUCCGCAGUCCAGCUUCCCCAGUCGCUCUCGGCCCUGCCGGCCAACGUGGGUGGGCAGAUCUUGGCGGCCGCAGCCCCCCAUGCAGGAGGACAGCUCAUCGCCAACCCCAUCCUCACCAACCAGAACCUGGCUGGCCCACUGAGCCUGGGCCCCGUGCUGGCCCCCCACUCUGGGGCCCACAGUGCAGCCCACAUCCUCUCGGCCGCCCCCAUCCAGGUGGGCCAGCCCGCCCUCUUCCAGAUGCCGGUGUCACUGGCCGCAGGCAGCCUGCCCACGCAGAGCCAGCCGGCCCCCACUGGUCCCGCCGCCACUACCGUUCUCCAGGGGGUCACUCUACCCCCGAGUGCCGUGGCCAUGCUGAACACCCCUGAUGGUCUGGUGCAGCCAGCCACCCCUGCUGCUGCUGGGGAGGCCACACCUGUCCUGGCUGUGCAGACAGCUCCCCAGGCACCCCCCACGGUCAGCACCCCGCUGCCUCUGGGCCUCCAGCAGCCACAGGCACAGCAGCCGCCCGCCCAGCAGGCCCCCGCCCCUCAGGCCACUGCCCCACCUCAGGCCACCACCCCGCAGCCCAGCCCAGGCCUGGCGUCCAGCCCAGAGAAGAUCGUCCUGGGGCAGCCACCCUCCGCCGCCACCACAGCUGUCCUCACUCAGGACUCCCUGCAGAUGUUCCUGCCCCAGGAGAGGAGUCAGCAGCCCCUCUCCACAGAGGGCCCCCACCUCUCCGUGCCCGCCUCGGUCAUAGUCAGCGCCCCGCCUCCCGCCCAAGACCCAGCCCCGACCACCCCCGUCGCCAAAGGAGCUGGCCUCGGCCCUCAGGCCCCCGACAGCCAGGCUUCCCCGGCACCAGCCCCCCAGAUCCCUGCAUCGGCUCCACUGAAGGGUCCAGGCCCCUCCUCAUCCCCUUCACUACCUCACCAGGCCCCUCUGGGGGACAGCCCCCACCUGCCCUCCCCACAUCCUGCCCGGCCCCCUUCUCGCCCACCUUCCCGUCCCCACUCCCGCCCUCCAUCCCAGCCCCAGAGCUUGUCCCGUCCACCCUCAGAGCCUACCCUGCACCCAUGCCCUCCUCCCCAGGCUCCCCCCACCCUGCCCGGCAUCUUUGUCAUCCAGAAUCAGCUGGGCGUCCCCCCACCUGCCAGCACCCCAGCCUCCGCCGCCCCAGGGCCUCCCCAGCCUCCCUUGCGCCCUCCAUCCCAGCCCCCGGAGGGCCCCUUGCCCCCAGCGCCCCACCUCCCUCCAGCCUCCACCUCCUCGGUCGUGGCCUCCUCUGAACUGUCCUCCCGGCUACCAGCCCCCACGCCACCUGACUUCCAGCUUCAGUUCCCACCAGGCCAGGCCCACAAGCCCCCUACACCCCCUCCAACUCUCCACCUGGUCCCCGAGCCCACAGCACCCCCCCCACCGCCUCGGAGCUUCCAGAUGGUGACGGCCCCCUUCCCAGCGCUGCCCCAGCAGAAGGCUCUUCUUGAAAGAUUCCACCAGGUGCCGUCCGGAAUCAUUCUCCAGAACAAGGCUGGAGGAGCCCCCACUGCCCCACAGACCUCCACCAGCCUGGGCCCCCUCAGCAGCCCCACUGCCUCUGUGCUGGUCAGUGGGCAGGCCCCAGCCGGGACUCCUGCUGCCCCCAGCCACCCUCCGGCCCCGACAUCCAUGGCCACCACAGGCCUCCCUCCUCUGCUUCCUGCCGAGAGCAAAGGUUUUGCCAGCAAUCUCCCAACCCUGAGUGUGGCCAAGGGCUCUUCAUCUGGGAAGUCGUCCGGGCUGCAGUAUGAGAGCCGGCUGAGCGGCCUGAAGAAGCCUCCGGUGCUGCAGCCCAGCAAAGAAGCCUGUUUCCUGGAGCAUUUGCACAAACAUCAGGGCUCCGUCCUGCACCCUGACUACAAGACCGCCUUCCCCUCCUUCGAGGAUGCCCUGCAUCGCCUCCUGCCCUACCAUGUCUACCAAGGUGUCCUCCCCUCCCCCAACGACUACCACAAAGUGGACGAGGAGUUUGAGACAGUCUCCACGCAGCUGCUGAAGCGCACUCAGGCCAUGCUCAAUAAAUACCGCCUCUUGCUCCUGGAGGAGUCACGGAGGGUGAGCCCGUCAGCAGAGAUGGUCAUGAUUGACCGAAUGUUCAUUCAGGAGGAGAAGACCACUCUUGCCUUGGACAAACAGCUGGCCAAGGAGAAACCAGAUGAGUAUGUGUCUUCCUCACGCUCUCUUGGCCUCCCUGUCACCACCUCUUCCGAGGGGCACCGGCUCCCCAGCCACGGCCCACCACCGUCCUCAGCACCCGGGGCUCCAGCCCAGCCCCCUCUGCAUCUGCCCACCAAACUGGUGAUCCGGCACGGCGGGGCAGGCGGCUCCCCUUCCGUGACCUGGGCGCGAGCUUCCUCCUCCCUGUCCUCAUCCUCCUCGUCUUCUGCUGCCUCCUCUCUGGAUGCUGAUGAGGACGGCCCAAUGCCCUCCCGCAACCGGCCCCCCAUCAAGACCUACGAGGCCCGCAGUCGCAUUGGCCUCAAGCUCAAGAUCAAGCAGGAAGCCGGGCUCAGCAAGGUCGUCCACAACACGGCUCUGGACCCUGUGCACCAGCCCCCGCCGCCGCCCCCCACCUCCCCGCCGCCGGCCCCCACCGAGCGCAAGUCGCAGGCCCCUGCCCCCCACUGUCCCCGCCUGCCCCUCCGGAAGACUUACCGUGAGAAUGUGGAGGCUCUGGGCAGCGGAGCGGCCGAGGGGGCGGCGAGCGGCCGGGCCGGGAGCAGCAGCCCAGCACCCCUGCCCACCAAAGUAGAUGAAGCCACCAGCGGGCUCAUUCGCGAGCUGGCGGCCGUGGAGGACGAGCUGUACCAGCGCAUGCUGAAGGGGGCCCCGGACCCUGCGGCCAGUGCGGGGCAGGGCAGCGGCAGCAGGGAUCCGGGCUGGGAGGCUCCCCCGCUGCCCCCAGCCAAACGGCGCAAGUCUGAGUCGCCUGAUGUGGACCAGGCCAGCUUCUCCAGUGACAGCCCGCAGGAUGACACACUCACGGAACACCUGCAGAGUGCCAUCGACAGCAUCCUGAACCUCCAGCAGGCCCCAGGCCGGACAUCUGCACCCCCGUACCCCCACGCUGCCCCCACCGCCGUCACGCCAGCCUCCCCGUCGCCUCUGCACAGGCCUGAGGCCUACCCACCCUCCAGUCACAACGGCGGCCUCAGUGCCAGGACGUUAAACAGAUAACACCGGGCUGGUCUUCCCUGCCUCGUCCCUUUGCUCAGCCGGGACUCCGGGGAGCAUGGGGCACAGGGCAGCAGGGCCUCUGACCUCAGCCUUCUGGGGGACACGAGCCGGGGAUCCCCUGACAGUUUUUCUUGCCUAAGUUAUUUGAGUCACAAAGGCCUCCUCCCCCACCUCCUGCUUCAGCCAGGUUGUUGAGCGGGGGUUGUGGAUUUCGGGGAGGGGGCUGUUAUGUAAAAUGUCACCCCUGCCAAAGGAGGGGGUAACCCUGGUGUCAUUUCCUAUUUCCCACUUCUUACCACACCGCGCCCCUGCGUGAGGGGGUAGGGACACACCUGUGUUUGCCAGGAAUGGGAGUACCCUGGUUGAUCCCACUACUCAUGAGUGUCGGGGUACCAGUCUUGUCUGUGUGGCUUAGCCAGACCAGGUGUUGAGGGCCCUUGGAGCCCUCAGGGGUCCGGGGAGCUGCUCUAGGGGUAUCCCCAUCACCCCCCCACAGGCUGUAAAAGGGAACGCAGGAUGGAGCUGGUGGACCGGCAUCCCAGGACCCUCCCCACGGAGCACCGUGCCGAGUGCACCUGUCUCAUCCGUGUGUGCGUCCAGCUCCUUGUCCCAUGUCCCUGUGUGCGUACUCUAGCGAGCAAGAGAGAUUUCGAACCCUCCUGUCCCACCUCUGAAAUCCCGGUACCUCCAAACAGGAAACGGGGUCUUCCUUCCACCCCCUCCCCAACCAGUCUUCCCUCUGUUCUUCCUGCCACAGCCACCACGCCAGAUUUUGAAAUCUCGGAGACAAAACUAGUACUGUAAGAUAAAUUUUUUUGUACUGUAUUUAUUGUGUAUAACGAUUUUUUUAAAGGAGAAUUCUGUACAUUUAGAACUCUUGUAAAUUAAAA